AUCUUCCUGAAAGCCAAAGUGGAUGACCAAACUUUUCAAAGGGAGCAUGAAUCACUAAACAGUGAGACUAACGAAGUGUAUAGACAACUCUACCCACAAAACUAGUUGAAGCAGACUACUACGUAGUAAAUUUAAGUAUUAUGACCAAGGAAGAAGCUUAUAGGGAAGAAUUUAGUUAUGACAGGAUGCCAACUUUGGAACGUGGAAAACAAGAAAACGGAAAUUAUGUUCCAGAUAUGAAAUCUAGUGAUCUUCAACUAUCAAAGAGAUUUCAUCCUUGUUUUAGUUAUAGAGCUUGGAUCUAUUCUUUACUGAUGGGGACUUGCAUUCUUGUUACUUCUGGAUUUUCACUUUAUUUGGGGAAUGUUUUUCCAUCUGAAAUGGAUUACUUACGCUGCGCAGCAGGUUCAUGUAUUCCCUCAGCAGCUGUAAGUUUUGCCAUAGCCAGAAACAAAGUUAACAUGAUACCCAAUUUUCAGAUGCUCUUUGUUUCUACAUUUGCAAUUACAACAACAUGUUUGGUUUGGUUUGGAUGCAAACUUGUCUUGAAUCCUACAGCAAUAAACAUAAAUUUCAACUUGAUUCUCCUAAUUCUACUGGAAAUAUUCAUGGCAACUACUGUAAUAAUUUCAGCUAGAUCUAAUGAAGAGUGCUGCAGGAGGAAGAAAAUGACUGUAUAUGACAGUACCGGCACAUUGAAUAAUGUCAGUUUUCCUACACGGAUCUUGAAAUCCUAUUCAGUCAUUGAAGUGAUAAUUGGCAUUUCUGCUGUGUUUGGUGGAAUAAUUGCUUUGAAUAUGGAUGUGCUGGUCUCGGGCCCAUAUCUUUCAGUUACUUUCUUUUGGAUCUUAGUGGCUUGUUUUCCCUGUGCCAUUGCAAGUCACGUGGCUGCUGAAUAUCCAAGUAAAUGCUUGGUAGAAGUCCUGAUUGCCAUAAGCAGUGUCACUUCUCCAUUAUUAUUCACAGCUUCUGGAUACUUGUCCUUCAGUAUCAUGCGAAUUGUUGACAUCUUUAAAAAUUAUCCACCAGCUGUUAAACAGUCCUAUGAUGUUCUUCUGCUGCUUCUAAUGCUGAUGCUAUUGAUUCAAGCUUUCCUGACCACAGGCACUGUCAUACAGUGUGUAAGCUUCAAGGCAAAAAUGAAAACACAUGAUUCGUUGUGGGUUGUGCCACAAAUAAAUAAACAAGAGUAUAAAACAACAGAGGUCUCCAAUAACAGCAUGAAGGAUUUUGACAAAGAAAAGGCUUGGAAAGCUGUUGUUGUACAGAUGGCUCAGUAAUCCAGAUUUAGGAAAUGGAAUCAGGAAAGUUGUUGGAUUUAGGCAUGCCAGCCUUUGCAUUUACAAGCAUCACAAUCACAAAGCCAAUUGUGCCAUAGUUAUCCCAUGGACUAC